AAGCGGAAGCUGUGAGUUUGCGUCCGGCCCGGCAGCUCGGUCAGCUGGCGGCCGCUGUCAGAGGAGCCGAGCCGCCGUCAUGUCGCUGCAGUUCGGGGAUGAGGAGUUCCAGAGCGCCUGGCAGGAGCUGGACGAGCCGCAGCUGGACGGAUGGGAACUCUUCACCGAGGCGAUGGGGGUCCAGAUCCACCGGCGUUACGACCGGGAAACUGGACUUUAUGAGUACAAAGUUUAUGGAGCGCUGGACGGCUGCGACCCAGAACUCUGUGCUGACGUCUACAUGGACCUGAUGUAUCGGAAACAAUGGGAUAGUUACGUAAAAGAGCUCUAUGAGAAGGAUUUCAGUGGACAAACAGCAAUUUACUGGGAAGUGAAAUACCCGUUUCCUCUGAAAAACAGAGAUUAUGUUUACGUAAGGGAGCGGAGAGACCUGGACAUAGAUGGCCGAAAGAUCUUUGUGAUCCUGGCCAGAAGCUCGCCGGAGACGGCGUGUCCAGAGACGAGCUCCGCUCUGAGGGUGACCGACUACAAGCAGAGCGUCGCCAUGGAGAGCGACGGAGCCGGCGGCACUAAAGUGUUCAUGAACUACUUUGAUAAUCCUGGCGGUAUGAUCCCCACCUGGCUGGUGAACUGGGCAGCGAAGAGCGGGGUCCCAAGCUUCAUUAAAGAUCUGCAGAAGGCCUGCAACAAGUACAAGACAUACUGCGAGAAGAAAUGAGAACAGCUCGCUGGAAAAACACGAAAUCUCACCAAGUGCUUUUGUCUAGUUUCAAGUGCAAAUAUCUUGUUAUACUUAAAAUAACUUGUAAGAAAUGUUUCAGCAACAAUUGCCAGAUUAUUUCACUUAUGACAAGACAUUUUUUUCCAUGUUAUAAGUGAAAUGCCAGUGGUACUAGUUCUUUUUCACCAACAUUUAAGAAUUUAAACAAGCUCUUAUAUCUUGCUGAGACGUUAUCUGUAGGUCAUUUUAGUUUUAUUCCAAGUGUACUGAGAUAUUUGCACUAGAAACUGAAGUAACUUGGUGAGUUUUCUGUUUUUGCUGUGCUGAUGGUGACGGUGGCUCACGCUGAAGAGUUUUCUUGCUGUUUUCCGGUUUUGGUCGGCGGUGCGUUUGGCGGCUAUGGGGUUGUGUUCAGGGUGCAUGUGGUGCGUUGUUUUUUACAGCUCUUCCUGUUUACUUGGCCAUGAAGUGAAAGGCUGCUGUGAAUUGAUUGUGUUCCCAGUUGCUGCUCUACUCCUCUCUUUUUAGGGGAUAUUUUCAUUUAAUUGACUGUUUAGAUGAUUUGAAGGUGUCAAUCAUUCCUUCAGGCUGUAUUUACCGAAGCAAUCUUUUUGCACGGGAUUUUAUGACCUUGUCUUGUUUACUGUUUGUGUUGAUUGAGGGAGAUGCAAUAUAUUUUACUGAAUUUGGAUAUUCAGUAAAAUAUCAGAACUUUUUAUUUCACGCUCCUUUUGUCCUGGUGAAUGGAGCGUAGCUGUGUCAAUGCAGAUAAAUUCAUUUUAAUUCACCGAUGCUGCUUGUUUAUUCUCUCAGCUAAAAUCAAAUUAAAAUUACAUAAUU